CUUGUGAUGAACUAUAUGGAAGAAGUUCAGAUGGGGUGUUGUGGCUGGUUAUGGAACAGCUGGCUGUGCCUGGGACUGGGCAUCCUCCCCAUCUCUGUAGGGAUCCUGACUGCUGCAACAUUCGCCAUAUCAUAUAGCAUAGCUGUGGUCCUGAAGCAUGUUGCAGCUGGCUUCCCUUACAUCAGUGAUACAGGUACAGAACCACCAGAAAGCUGCAUAUUUGGGCAGCUGCUCAACAUCACAGCUAUGCUAGUUGCUGCAACAGUUUACGUCCGCUACAAACAGGUUCUGGAGUACAACCACCGGCCUGAGGACAGCGGUCUCCUACUGCUGAACAAAUUCUCAGCCUGGCUGGGAAUGUUUAUAGCACUGGGCAUGAGCCUGGUUGCAAACUUCCAGGAAAGCAGUGUCAUCAUAGUCCAUGUUGUUGGGGCCUUCAUGUGUUUUGGGUGCGGAAUCAUCUACGGUUUUCUCCAGACAGCUAUGUCAUACAAGAUGUACCCACACCAGAACAGCCUGGCAGUCUGCAGAGUCAGGCUCAUCAUUCUUGUCUUCGCCACUCUAUGCUUCAUCACUAGUAUCCUACACAAGGUGCCACUGUCUCUCCAGAUAUUGGUAUCAUUUUUAAGGAAAGAUUUUCCAAGAAAAACAAAUUUGGCACAACUCUGUGACAUAAUUUUCUACUAUCCCACAGCAAUAUUUCUGGUUAAAUGUUUUGCCUGUGUGCAGGGUUUUGUCCCCCAUGUGGUGAGCACAGCUGCAGAGUGGGGAAUGUCUAUCUGCUUCAUCCUCUUCUUCUUCACCUACAUCCGCGAGUUCCAGAAGAUCACGAUGGAGGCUCAGAUACGCCUGUUCACCGACGUCUUGUCUCUACCCUGCGACCUGGAGAGGAGCAUAGGCAGUGAAGAGGUCAUCCCUACAUGAUCAACAUGUGUGCCAUAACUACUGUCAAUUCAUUCACUUUUGCACUGGUUUUCUUUUGCAGUAGUAGAAAAAUGAAAUUUUUGUGGUGUUACAAAUUAGGGGUUGAAACAAUUCUGCAGUAGUGGUAGUAUAUGUUAGUAGUGGUACGUUGAAAAUGCAUAUUCGCUCUGUCAUGGAUUCAUGGUGGAGAGUUCAUCGCAAAAAUAGCACAAAUAAAACCUAUGUAAAAGUUUCAUGAUUUCCAGUAGCAUGUGUUUUUAUACCAAUUAAUGACUUACAUCUUCGUAUUUCAACAGAUGCCAUGGAAUGUAUAUGACAGUACCUGAAAUUGUUCAUCUUUGAACUAGAAUUAUAUGGCACUUGCAAUAUUUUCUCUUUAAAGAUGUAGUAAAGGAUCAAAUCUUGUUUGACAUUCCUGAUGAUACUGAUGUCAAGAAUGUACAUAAAGUGAAAUUCAUUUCAUCAUCAGUAUUAUAAGUUGCAGGGCCAAAGGAAUGAAACCUCUACAUUGUACAAUUUGUACUCAAAAGAUAUGAUAUCUCCUCAGGUUUGGAGAUCAACAUGGUUCCUUCUUUUGUCCCUAUACAAGGCAGAAGAAUGACCUAAGAACUUAGAGGACAGUUCUUAGGUUCUUUCCUUUUCUUAUGAUUCAUCUGAUGGAAGGAGAAGCUCAUCAUGUUUGACAUGUAAUUACGUAUUUUACUAUCCUUAUAUUCAAACUGAUUAUAAGUGCUUAAAUUUGUACCUUCAUUGUUUGUAGAAAGAGAAUGGCAGCAAUAAUACAUGUGGAUACCACCCAGGCUAUUGUUUUACCUACUGGGUACUAAGUAUCAAACAGCUCUUUGACAUUGCUGGUGACCUAGUGUCUCUGUUGACCACCAAGAAGUCUCAUGUCUUUCUCUCUACUCUGCAAAGCAGAAAGAAAUGUGUCUUCCAGCAACUAUAAAAGGCCAACUACAGAUUGAAAGAUUAGUUUACAAAUCUGACUAAAAUGUUUGUACCAGUACGUGAAUCUUCUACUAUUUAUUUUAACCAAUUGAUAAAAGCUGGGCUAAAACAGUUUCUAAACAUUCUGUUUGGAUAUGCAGCUUGUUCUCUUCAGCUAGUACAAACCUGCUGUGUUACCUGAGGUAUACAAUGGAAACAAACAAACAUUUAUGAAGCAAACAUGAAGCAGCUGAAAAGGCAGCAUAUACAUGUAUCAUAGAUAUCUAAGUUCAACGAAGUCAAAAGAUAUUUUGGCCCAGUAAAGCAAAUUGGUGGUGCACUUGUAAAAUUUCUGUUUAUUACAUGUACAUGUAUGCAUUGUGGAAUUUGGUACUAUAUUUCAGGUUGCUAUAAUGUUAAAAAAUGUCUGUAAUCAUUGCAUAGGUCUGUGAGUUCUAUUGUGCCGAUGUGUAGACUUUUUGUUCCUUGAGAUAGUUGAUGUUUAUCUAUGCUUGAAUCACAAAGGUUUAUGUUAACAUAAUAUUUCUAACUAUUUUUGUAGCAUGCUGUUAACAUUAUAUCUGUUGUCAACAAAACUGUCCCAAAACUGUAUCCUCAAAUGAGCCAUUGGAGCUGUUAGAAUUAUUACUGUGUCUAAAACAAGUAUUGACAUUGUGAAUGGGCACUGCUAGAUUAAUUUUGAAAACAUUUUUUGAACAGUUUGUACAGAUUGACCACUUUUGCAUCACACAUAUUAAAAUGUUAUAACGUCCUUGGUGCCAUGGAAACGAAUUGAUCUUCUGAUCUGGUUGUUCAUAAGGUCAGAACUGUAUAGCUGAUAUGUCAAUGACUUCGUACAAAUUAAGGCAAAAAAAUUAUUAAGAUUUUGAAUUUCUACUGCUUAUGAAUAUGAAUAUAAAGAUUAAAUUGGCUGACAUUGUUUGCA